UGUGCGUUCAGCGCAAGGUGAGAAAGCCAAGGGAGGAGUUUAAACUUGCUAGCGGCUUCCACAGAUCUCCCCUCAAUGAACGCCAGUGCUCGCUCAGGUUUAUAUGUGCUCGCACCAGGCUCCUGUCCACAGCAGAUCCGAUCUUUACCUCGGAGGUGUCAUUCAGGACAACCGGCGCUCUCUCUCUACCGGACCGGACACCCGUAAGCAUGGAAGACACUUACUGAAGCAAUCACGGAGAGAUACGCCUUCAUACCGACUAUGGCUGUAGACGCUGCGUCCAGCUUCAGUUUCUGUAGGGCUGCGCUGGAGCACACGGUCUCAGCGGACGAGCUUAACUACCAGCUGCCCCGGAAGCCCGGGGGCAACCUUACCUGGCACGACAGGCACGGGCAGAGGGUGACGAGAAGAGCUGUCAAACUGCUACAGCAGCCCGGCACUGAAGAAAUACAGAUCCAGCCAGGUGAAGCCUUCACUGUGUAUCACACCAGCCCAACGCUCUCCAGUUUAUGCAAACCAGUGGUGCUGUGGACCCAGCAGGACGUGUGUAAGUGGCUGAAGAAACACUGUCCCCACAAUUAUCUGACCUACGUGGAGGCCUUCUCUCACCACGCCAUCACAGGUCGUGCCCUGCUGCGGUUGAAUGGAGAGAAGUUGGAGAGGAUGGGGAUCGUGCAGGAGUCUCUGAGACAGGAAGUGUUACAGCAGGUGUUACAGCUGCAGGUCAGAGAGGAAGUACGCAACCUACAGCUGCUCAGCAGAGCUUCCUUCGGCAACCUUUCUUAGCUCAUCUAUCCAUCUGGCAGCUCUCUCCCCUUCCCAACGGAGAGAGGAGGCCUUGUUCCAAUCUGACACGGACAGAGAGAGAGAAAGAGAGAGAGUCUGCCUGGUUGGAGAUCUGGAGAAGACUGUUAACUAUACCUAUGUACCGGACAAGACUGUCUUUUUAUGCAUAAAUGGAGGAGGUUCAAGGACUCCGGGAAAUGGAGACAAUACUAGACAUUGACUCUGUAUUAUAGUGAUUGGAGAGCACCCACCAGAGAUUUGUCAUAUAAAAUUGAUGGGAAAACUCAGUUUGGAUUGAGUCAUGGAUUUCCUGGUGGCCAAAGCCUUCCUUGAAGGUGGAUCUUGAAGUCGAUGUGACAUCUGAGGUUUUAGCAUUUGGACGUCUGACCACUUUGCUCUCUUACCCAGCAUAGCUGAACUUGUGAUGCUGAAUAAACUGUACAGUAAGUCUGGGAACACAGUUGUUUCUCCUACCUCUCGUGAUCGAUUGUAUCGUUUCAUUUGCAGAUAUACUGUAGGAUAAAGAGAAUUAAAUAUAUACUAGUCCCUGACUUCCACACUAAAGCUCUAAUUAUUAUUAGUUUUAAUGGGGCGCUUACAGUUAAGUAGUAACACUUACUACUGCAGCAGCGAUUUCAUUUCUGUCACUUGGUAAUAAAUGAACUUUCUGAACAUUGAAUGUGAAUACUUUCAAACCUAAAAACCAUGACCAAUAUUUUAUUUUCUUCUCGGGAGAUUUGCGCUUAUUAUUGCGUUUGCUACCAUUAUCGUUCCUGUUGAAGUCAUAUUUUAUGAUUUCAGUGUAAUUAUGAAAAUAUUUUCUUAUUCUGCACACAAUUGUAGAUUUUGAGGUUCAAAGAAUGUGAAUAUGAUUUGUACUGCAAAUUAUGGUGCAUAUAGGGGCAACGUGAGUAGAUUGUCUCCGUUUGUAAAUGUCUCAGUUAUCUCUGUUUAUGAAGCAAUAAUGUAAAGUGAUGGUCUGCAUGGUUAGGCCUGUUAGAGAUGAAUCAUUUACACAGUUGCUAAUUUAUCAUUCCAAACUCCACAGCAUCUUUAGGCCUGAAACAUCCUACGCAAAUAUUUCUAUUAAGUAGCGAAUGUGUUCAAAACGCAAUCCAAGUGGAUAUUAAUAACAUUGCGACUCAUUCUGUGGGCAGUUUUUUCCUUCAGCUCAACUUCCGCUUAACUCGUCAAAUGUUGUAAAAUGGUUAUCUAAACUGUUUUAUCUAAAGCUAUCUGAAUAAUAAAUUAAGAUUGCACAAACAUUCAAAGUUUAUAUUACAGAAUAUGUUAGCUUUGCUUAGUGGAUGUUUUUGGUCUUAGAUUCUUGAUCAGUCCCUUAAAUUAUGAUACUUUAAAGGACAUGCAUAAUAAACCUUAAGGUUUCACUUAAUUUCUUGUUCCAACCGCCCUUAUCCAGUGGAAGGAUGGUACCUGUUGUUAUUUCAUUUUUUGAGAUUGCCUCUUUCUUGGUCCUGUAUUCCAGAACACUACAGCACUCAACAGUUGAGGAAGUUGAUAUACUGAAGAAGACUAUAAUAUAAAAAAUAUAUAACCACCUUUUUCAGAGAUCGGAGCCUGAUUUAUAAUUUUUCAAAGCACUCGGAGACCGAGAGUGUCUAACUGUGUUUUAUAUAUGGAACUGACGCAAUUUCAAAAAUAUAUGUGAUAUUCUGAAAAAUGGUUUUCUGGUGCAUUUUGCUGAUUGCUGGAAAAAGGUACAUCACCACACAUCAUUACAUUUUUCUUGACAAGCAAAGAACCAAAUGUGUGGGGGGAGUAUUUGUUGUGUAAUUACUUUCUGCAUCAGCAACAUAAAUAUAAAGACACGUGUGACAGACGGACCUGUAU